AUGCUAUUAGCUCACAGGAGACUUUUGUCUUCUUCUCAAGCUCGUGGAUCAUUUCAUAUAGACAUUUCGGAGGAAAUCAAACAUGCAUUGAAUAGUCUGAAGCCCGUUGUAUCCUUGGAAUCAACAAUCAUAACCCAUGGUUUGCCAUUUCCCCAGAACUUCGAGAUGGCUAAGCAAGUUGAAGAAGUUGUCAGAGACAAUGGAGCUAUCCCAGCAACUUGCGCUUUCAUAGACGGAAAACCUCGUGUGGGCUUGAGCGAACUACUGUUAAAAUAUUUGGCGGAACAGGCUAAUAAGGGUAAGGCAAAUAAGGUUUCUCGAAGAGAUAUUGGCUAUACCAUGGCCAAAGGUUACAAUGGAGGAACCACGAUUGCUCUGACAAUGAUUCUUUCCCAUAUGGCGGGAAUCAAGGUGUUUGCUACUGGUGGUUUAGGUGGUGUUCAUAAGGGUGGCCAGAAUUCAUUUGAUGUUUCGGCAGAUUUGACGGAACUUGGUAGAACACCAGUUUCUGUGGUAUGUUCUGGACCAAAGUCUAUCUUGGAUAUUGGUUUGACGCUUGAGUUCUUGGAGACUCAAGGAGUUUUUGUAGGAACAUACAACGACGAUGGAAGGCUCGACGUUGAGGUACCUGGUUUCUACUGUCGUGAAUCUGGCUAUAGAUCGCCAUAUGAUUUUUCCAGCUUCGAAGAGGCUGCCUCCAUUAUCCAUAAUCACAACAAUAUCAUGUCUCUUAAUUCAGGGAACAUAUUCUGCAUUCCUCCACCGAGAGAAUCGGCAUUGUCGUCUUCUUUCAUAAGCAAAGUGAUCGACCGUGCCAAUCAAGAAGCGAUUGCUCAAAAUAUUUCGGGCAAGAAUUUGACUCCUUUCUUGUUAUCAAAGAUUGCAGAAGAAACCAAUGGCAAAUCUGUUGAAUGUAAUAUUAAAUUUGUAUUAAAUAAUGCUAGAGCAGCCACCCAGAUUGCAACAAGCUUGAGUAAAUUAGAGAACAAUGUGAGUAUAUGA